AUGAAUUUGGCCUUCCUGCAAGACAUCCAACUUCCCAACGGCACCGCUGACGUCAUCUACUCGUCCAUUAAAGACUACAUGAAGACCGCCAAAAUUGACCUUGGCAAGAUGACGUCGUUUGCCAGUGACGGACCUUCCGUGAUGGUUGGAAAUAAAAAUGGUGUAGUUGCACAAAUCCAAAGGGACAAUCCUCGGGUGAUACCAGUCCACUGUAUAAAUCAUCUUUUGCAACUGGCUGUGUCGAAGGCGUUUAGUAGUGUGACAGAAAUUGAUGCUAUUGAUGAGCUGCUAACAGCACUAUGGAAAUACUACCACUUCAGUACAGUCAAGUCAGGCAGCCUAGAUGCCAUCCAGGAUUUAAUAAGAGAACUAGGUUCCAGUGACACCAAGCAAAACUUGACCGUGAAAAAGGCUGUGCACACAAGAUGGCUUAGUCACGAAAAUGCUGUUCAAUCGAUCCGAAAACUUUACGAACCAAUAUGCAUGGAUCUAGAAAAUGCCAUAUCUAGUGGGCGGGACAAAAAGCUGGGUGAUCACUUUGGAGCUUCUGCGAGUGUUCUCCUGAAGCUAAUGAAAAAAUAUGACAAAUUGUACUACAUCCACCUUUUGUGUGACAUCUGCACAGUGUUGGCAAGACUGACGUUGCUGUUUGAAAGGGCCGAUGUAGACCUGUCGUCAGUCCAACCCCAACUGGAAUCUACAGUAGUGAACCUACAGCGCAUGAAGACACGAGCUGGGCCAUUCUUGUCCAAGGUGUCAUCAGUGGCCGAAAAACUAGGGAUUGAGGAAACUGAUCAUGACAGAGUACAAACUGCAAGGAACAAGUUUAUUGACACGUUACUGGAGCACCUUCAAGAGCGGCUGGAUCAUUCAGAGCUUAUCACGGCAAUGGCUGCACUAGACUUCAGCCAUGUGACACAAGAGCAAAUCGCCCUGCAUGGGGAGCAGGAAAUCAUCCAGCUUGCCGGCCACCUUCAACUGCCAGAGGAAGAACUGCUAGCAGAGUGGGCAGACCUGAAAGUCAAGUUCCAUGCAAACUCGGAGGCCAGGUCACCCAAACUCAUCUUGAAGCAGCUGAGCGACAAACAAGAAUUGGUAGGGGACCUGUUUCCGAACAUCAAAAAACUCCUGUGUGCAUAUGAAACUCUAAUUCUUUCCACUGCUGCUGUUGAAAGAUUGUUUUCUCAAGUGAAGCUCAUAGUCACUGAACACAGAAACCGACUUGAAGUAAUGACUACAAACAAAUUACUCAUCAUAAAGCUGAACACAAAAUCUCAUUGUGACAUUGACAUGAGGAAGGUCGUCAAGUUGUUCCUGAAAAAGAAGAGAAGGAUAAUGUAA